UGAACAAACACGACUUUUGCCACCGGCGGAUGUUUUUGAGCAUUGGCUGUGUGCACACAUGCGUUGGAAUAUUCAAAUAUCCAUCAAUCAACCAAUUAGAGAGUAGUAAAUUCGAAAACAUAUGUUACGUCAUCCUGAAUUUAUAUAACGAACAACCCAGGCACAUAUUCUGUGAAGUUUGUACAAGAUGUCUAGGAACAAGGUUGGUGACGUUGAGCUCUCUGAGGCGACCAACGCUACGCAACAGGAGCGCUUUGAGAGUCGCAGCGACUUAACACCAGGAAAGACAAAGAAACCCUGCACGAGAAGCCCUGUCUUCAUCUCGGUUGUGACCGUCUUUUCUGUGCUCGCUGUAGGAGGAAUAGUGGUGGGAGUGCUCGUGGCGACUGGCGUCAUAAACACACAGACAUCUGGACCACCGUUGAUUCUUACAACAGAUGGGGCUUGGACCACCUGGGCAGAAUGGGGCGCUUGUGACGUCACAUGUGGGGGCGGUGUGCAGCGCAGGACCAGGACCUGCUCCAACCCUGCCCCGGAGGGUGACGGGAUGGACUGCGCCGGGAGAGACUCCCAGGUCCGGGCCUGCAGCGACUGGAACUGUCCUGAUUGCGACCGUGACUGUGCCGUCGGCAGCCUAAACGAUGCCUGCGACACCUGCAUCUGCGACAACAACGUGCUGAACGGCCGCGUGACGGACAGGAGAAACGUGCCCCUGAACAACGCCGAGGUCUUCUUCGCCGAGAAGCCGUGGGAGGCCGCCACCACGACCAACGCGACCGGCAGGUUCACCCUGGCCGGAGCCUGCUCGCAGGGUGUGGAAGUCAUGGUGAAGAGAAGCGGCUACUUUGACGAGUACGCUAACUCUACACAAGUGGACAGUCUGACAUCUUCCGUCAUCGUGAAGAUGAGGGUGAGAGAACCGCCGAUGAUGGACGAGAAUCCUGUAGGAAAAGUUCGGCAUGUCGGACAAGACGUGACGUUUUGCUGCAAAGCUCACGGCACACCGAUGCCCUCUUCAUACGAAUGGUUUAAGGAUGACAGGGUGUUGGACGAUGACGUGUACCAGUACAACGAGACCCUGACUCUGUACGACUUACAGACGGGAGACUCGGGAGUCUACAAGUGUCGGGCCAACGGUGACGCAGGCGCCAAGUACUCAACAGGAGCCCUUCUUACCGUGUAUGAUACCGGCACGCCCAUGUGUAACUCGACACCUACUACCAAGCUCAUCGACCUUCCCGACGACUGUGUCCAGCCCGACACCAACACGAACAAGUACGACAUCGGGGCCUGCAGCAGGGAGAAGUGUGCGGGAGAUCUGGGAGAGGACGACAAGGGUUGUCUGGACACCAGGAAGUUCUGCUGUAUGCCAACAGUGGUUAGUUCUCGUACAGUGCAGUGUAGUGGUUAUACUUUAGAUGUGAUAGCGACAACUGAAUGUGGGUGUGGGGCAUGUGUAGAGCUAACUAGAAAGGUUAAGGGUCGAGCUUUUGGUCUCAAAAACGGCACAGAAAUCGUGUUAAAUGGAGGUGAAGUCGCCAUGAGCGGGCAGAUGCAGGGCCACACAACUGCAUCAGGUGAAUUUGAACUUGUCGUGCCUUCCACAGUCGAUCAUGUGACUCUGACAUUUAAGGAUGGCUCAAAGAAAUUGGUCACUACUACUAAAGUGUUGCCGAUAGAAGAAGGCAUUGAGCCGUACUUUAGAGUCAGGAUGCAGGUACGGCCGCCAGCCGCCCCCCUUAACGCCUCCGAAACCAGUACAAUCAAUCUCGGCACCCUUCCAGACCAGCCCCCUCUCGCAGAGGUAGACAUCCCUCCUAACUCUUUCUUCACCGAGAGCGGUGAUCCCUACACAGGUACAGUUCAGGCUAGUGUGGGUUUUAUAGACCCCAGAAACCCUGACGACUUUGACGACAUUCAGAGCGAUCUGACCACAGUUGAUGAGGAGGGGACCCAACAAGCUUUGCGCACAUACGGCAUGUUUUCUAUGGACUUUGAAGAUGAUACAGGAAACCCUGUAGUUAUGGGAGGGAAGAUGUCAAUGCACAUAGAUCCGGCACAAAUCAACAUCAAUCCAGAUGAUGUUGACGAAAACGGAAACCUUAACACUAAACUGUGGUCCAUGAACCCCAGUUCUGGGGAGUGGGAGUUGGUGGGUAACCUGAGGACAGGGACGGCAUCAAGGAGGGGGAAGCGGGCACAGACGUUUUUCAUUGGCGAAUUUGAAUUUCGGGGAGAGCCAAUCAACUGUGACAAACGGGAGACAACUACUAGGAGAUGUUGGGUCAAAGUCAGGGUGUACAAAAAUGAAGAGGCAGCUAAGAGUGUAAAGGGUAGUGACCAAGAAAGAGGGGCACAGGUAACCGUAGUCACCGUAGAUACACCUGCAUAUACCUCAAGCUGGUGGGGGUCGAAUCGGGGUUUAAGUCGAUACCAGACCCUUACAGUGGGUUCUAACGGAGCGUGUGUUGAGACAUUCUGUGAGCCUAGUGGGAGGGAGUUUAACGCAUCCGUACUGGUUAGUCACGGAGGCAGCCAACUGAAAGCCUUGCAUGUCAGCGAUCAGCCUCAUCCCACAAAGUGGCCCAGUAACCUCCAUAACAGUGUUGAACAUAACGAUGAUUUCAGGAGCAUCUCGUUCGAUGUCUUCAAACCAACCACAGCCGAUGGUCCCAUCUAUAAGUAUGAGCACCGGUCUUUGUGUAAUGACGCACCAAUUGAGCAUAAUCACAUCGCUUUCUUCAACACAGAAUACGAACCCUACAUAUUCCCUCCUUACGUGUUCGAUGAGGCACAGUACAAUGAGCCCAUCAAUGCACUAUCCUGGUACAAUAGGGAAGACACUAACAAGACUGUCUGCUUCAUCAAAGUCAAAGUCCGCUUCAGCAACCCACACGGUAAAGUAGAAAUCCGCAUAAAAAGCGAAGGAGGGGGAGGUUAUCCUGGAAAUGCCGGUAAAGUGUACGGGAUUCGGGAUGAUGAGAUAGACUCCGGGGAUAGCAGGGAGGGGUUUGGCUGUCUGGAGUUCAAAUGUCCAGGUCCGGUUAUGACAAGUCCAGGGGACGGUAUGCCCUCCCGUCCUCUCCCUGGCAAUCCAGAGGACACGGUACUGCUGGCGGUAGUGGCUAAAAACACGAGGUGCUACUACCAGCGCAGUAACAAUCUCUAUAGAAAUGCCCGUAGCUAUCAGGACAGUAGAGCUGCAACAUAUUUUACAACAUAUCCCACCACAGAUACUACUCCUGAUUAUACCCCUGAUACUACUGAAACUCCCACCACUGAAACUACUCCCACGCCUGCUGCAGCUACAGCAGCCAGAUAUACCCCUGGGACAUGGCCAUGGUGGAUGACUGCCCCAGACCCUACAACAGAUUACUCUAACGGAACAAGCCCUGCCACAGGCAUACAGUUAGUCAGUUCAUCAGGUCGCAACCAAGUGAAGUUAAGGCUUCCCACAGGGACCGACUUCAGCGGCGCACCAGGCAUCUAUAUGAAACAGGGUGAGAAGCAGAUUGGGUACAAUGCAGCUCGCGAGUACUGCAUGAAGGGUUCAGAAUCCCCUGGUGCGCCAGACAGUGUGCUCAACUGGGGAGUAGAGUUCUACUGCUCUUUCUAGAUGACAUUUUGGAAUGAAAAGAUCUAGAUCCAUUGCAGGUUACUUAAAGUAGUUAAAGUCUUAUACAUGUAGCAUCAUACUAAGAGAAUGAUUUUGUAAUGCAAAUCUUUAAAAUGUUGAAAGCCUGUUUUCUUCAUGUUUAAAUAGUCCGAGACUUCACAUACUUUGGGUAUUGCAAGUUUGCAGAUAUUUGAUGUGGAGCUUAUCCUUAUAGUUGGUGCAUAAAAAACAGAUAUCAAGUGUGGUCCACUCUUCAAGGCAGGCCAUCUUUUGGCAGGUCUAUAUUGUCUUGAACUUCUACAAGUUUGCAUGUCAACAUAUACCUAUGACGUUAGCAGAUGUGAACUGAUCUAAGUUUGAUACAAAGUGUUUUAUGACAUCAUCUGUAUGCUCCUUUGUGAUCAUGAUCGUACCUGAGAGUUUUGCAAAGGCAUUAGUUGGUCGACUCCUGCUUUGUGUUGUAACUUUACAAAUGAUGUUCAGAUCUGCUGACAGAUGAUACUGUUGUCAUCCACUAUAAGAACAAUGGGACCUUUUGAUGCCAGAAUGUUGUUUGCACAAGAUGCACAAGAAAGUUGUUGUAUGCAACCUGACUUCUUUUUUUCUUUUAUUUUGUGCGUGGAAUUUAAUAAAGUUGCAACCGGCAAA